AUGGCGCACACCACCGGUACAGUAACCUCUCAAGAGCAGAUUCUGCCAGGAGAGCGGAAUCCAUCGCGACAUGAUGUCGAGGCUGCAACCGAGUUGCCUGAGCCAACCAUACUCUCGGACUUCAAGAGAUCUCUCCUGGCGACUGUUGAUGCUUCCGACGCCCAGGAUCUGAUGCAUCUCGAUCUCAAAGCCACGGCAGUCGGAAGUAAGGCGUUUACCUACCCUAUGGCGUUACUGUUGGACUUCCCCGAAAUUCCAUCGCAGGAGCGCAUCACGUCUCUGUGUGACGACUUCUCGACAAUCAUGAAGAGCCACGUCUUCUUGAACCAGCUCCCGUUGGCACAGUAUUGUACCGACCUCACGACGCCGCCGCUUCGGCUCGCCGUGGCCUGCCUCGCCUCGAUGCACGGCAAGGCUCCGGGGAAUGAAUCCCGUCAUCUUUUCCUCGCCGCGCUCGACCUGUGGGCAUUUAUGACUGAGGUGGACAACAGAGAGGCCCGCUCGCUCGACAUGUUGAUGGCGACCAUUCUUUUGAACUUUUUCGGCGUCAUGACAACAGACAAGGCUAUUGGCGGCAAAAUGAGAAUCCUAGUUUGUUCUUCACUCACGAUCUCCCGACGAAUGCGACUCCAUGAUCCUGAACAGCUUCAAACGCUGCUCGGAUCCCGGAUCUCGCCACAUAGAGGUGCUUUUAUCUGGUGCUUGUGGCUGACCGACAUCUUGUAUGCGUUGCGCGACGGACUGGGAGUGCACAGCUUCUCUGUGCGAGAAUUGUGCACCAAGAUGCCGUAUUCAGAAUACGACUUUCAGGAUAUUUAUCGCACAUUACUUGACGAAUCGCAACCCAAAGCCUCACUGCCAGAUGACAUGACAUCCCCAGACGACGCAUUUCUACUCCUUAUGGCCGUCCUGUCGGAUAUCAUGAGCGUUCAGCGGUCGUUAUACAAAGUAGUCAGCCUAUCCGAGAGCCAGCAAUCCAGUUCUUCAUUUGCCCCCAACCCCUUCAUCCCUCUGACGCCAGCCGCGGAGCUGACCCGAAUGAACAACGCCUUAUCUUCGGCAUUGGACACAUGGUACGACAGAUUCCGCGGCCUGAUGGUCCCAGAAAUCAUCGCAUUCCGUCACUACUGCGGACUACACCUCACUUGUCCACGAAUAUUAGAACUCCCCUUCGUGGCAGAAUCGACGCUGUCACGGUCCGAUUUCGAUCAUCAACCAAUCAUCAUCACCGACGAGGCGGUCCGAAAUGCCUGGCUUGUACUGGACCACUCCGCCGACGCAGUGAGGGCAUGUACACCAGAGACCCUGUGCCCUGUCUGGCUUCCGAUCGUCGUCUUCCACGCCGCUCUCGUCGUCUGGGCCCAGCAGGGUCUCCACAAAGCCGGCCACAGUGGCAUAUCCGGGAGCGUCAGGGUGCUGCUUGCGUUCAAAGUCGAACUCGAAAGGAUGCCUUGGCCUUGUGCAAACAACAUGGCAGCGACAUUGGACCGGCUGAUGCAUAGUCGGUCAGCAGCUGUGAGGAGAGACAGUAGGCUAAAUAGCUCGCGCUAA